UCCAGGAGGUGGCGGUUACGCACCAGAAGUUGUUUGCCAACCGCCAAAAGUCGAAGAAGAGAAGCCACUUGGGCAUGCGCACUACAAUUCUAGUUGCAUGAUCCUAACGUUGUGGAGUAGAUAAUCAGCAAGGAUCUACAUUGAGUACCUGUCCAGUGGCGACUAGACAAACAGGUGUGGGUGUCGGUGUGAUUGCGCCCAUCACCCUGCAAAGAUGGAUUUUCAGCAUCGAGCAGGCGGGAAGACGGGGAGUGGCGGGGUGGCGUCUGCCUCUGAGAGUAACCGUGAUCGACGAGAGCGGUUACGUCAGCUGGCCUUGGAGACCAUUGACAUCAACAAAGACCCCUACUUUAUGAAGAAUCACUUGGGAUCAUAUGAGUGCAAACUUUGCUUGACACUUCAUAACAAUGAGGGCAGCUACUUGGCUCAUACACAAGGAAAGAAACAUCAGACCAAUUUAGCGCGGAGAGCAGCCAAAGAGGCAAAAGAAGCUCCUGCUCAGCCAGCUCCAGCAAAAGUUAAAGUUGAGGUCAAGAAGUUUGUCAAAAUUGGUCGACCAGGAUAUAAAGUAACCAAGCAGAGGGACCCAGAGACCGGACAGCAGUCCUUACUUUUCCAGAUUGACUACCCAGAGAUCGCUGAAGGAAUUGGACCCAGGCAUCGUUUCAUGUCUGCUUAUGAACAGCGCAUUGAGCCCCCUGAUCGUCGUUGGCAGUACCUGCUUUUGGCUGCUGAACCAUAUGAGACUAUUGCCUUUAAGGUCCCUAGUCGAGAAAUUGAUAAAGCAGAAAACCGCUUCUGGACCCACUGGAACCGAGAAACUAAACAGUUCUUCCUACAGUUCCACUUCAAAAUGGAGAAAGCUCUUCCCCAGUCCAGCGGUCCACCACCUCCUGCAGGUGUGAAGCGUCCCCCUCCUCUCAUGAGUGGCGUUGGCCCUCGCCCAGCAAAUGAGUCUAUGCCGCCUCCCCCACCAGGUGGGAUGCCCGUCCCCCCUCUACCACCUGGGGCUCCAGGUGCCCCCCAUAUGCCCCCUCAGAUGCCCAUGCCCCCCAUGCCAAUGAGGCCGCCUCCUCCUGAGGGCCUUACAAUAUCUAAUAACUGAUCCCCUACCAGUGUAUUACGAUUGCUUUCUUUCAUGGUGUGCAGUCACACUGUCAAGCCCGUCUACAGUGUCCAUCUCUUUAGGCGCUGCAGAUACAUUCAGUUUUAUUAUUUCUCAAAAUUAUGUUUCAAGUCCACAUUUUUAUGCAUUUGUUUGGUUUUCUAAAAAUGUGUAAGGCAGCCCACAUGACCACACUGUUUUGUAUAAAUGCUUAGAUUCUGGAUAUGAGGCUAUGAUUGACAAUAGCUCAUAUUUUAAGAUACUGUUUUGUAAUUAAAUUCUGUGGAG